UUUUCAUAUAGUUUCGAGAUAGGAUGAACCGAGUUUAAACUCAGAUUAUAACGUUAGAGAAAACGGGCAUAAAGGUGUUGCUACAAAAAUCUUCCUUUGGAAACCGGUCUAAUGCCCGUUUCCCCUAGUAUCUUUCGAAAUUUCCAGAGGCGCUGAUGAUUGUUAUAUCGCUUCGAGAACCUUCCAAAUUUCGCACACACCCGCGGGCGCGCACGUACAGAGCGAUAGAGCGUAUCACACCGGUGUUCGUUGAUUACCUUCAAUAGAACAAGGAGCCUUUUUUAUUAGACGACCACGCAUAAAAUCAAGAAUAAAGUGAAAAUCGACGGAUCUACUAAUAGAUAUUUCAUCGACAAUAAAUCUUCGCAAUGGAUCAGGUUUCGGCCUUGAAAGACAAAGGGAACGUGGCAUUGCAGGAAGGUAAAUUUCAAGAUGCCAUUAAUUUCUACACACAAGCGAUAGCCUUGGACGACAAAAAUCAUGUACUGUAUAGUAACCGAUCAGCGGCAUACGCUAAAGCCGAAGAGUAUGAGAAAGCAUUAGAAGAUGCGGAGACGACGGUGAAGUUAAAGCCAGAUUGGGCAAAAGGUUAUUCACGGGUUGGAAGUGCAUUGGCGUAUCUUGGAAAAAUCCCGGAAUCGAUGAAAGCGUACGAGCAGGCAAUUGAGCGUGACCCAAGCAAUCAGCAAUAUAAGCAAAGUUUGCGGGAGGUGGAGAGUCAAAUGAUGAAUCCAUUCAAUUCACCGGAUAUAUUUGUGAAACUGCGAAACGAUUCGCGAACACGAGCUUGGCUGGACGAUCCUGAAUACUUAAAAUUACUGGGACAGUUGCGAACGAAUUCAGCGAAAAUUGGAAGUUCCCUCGAAGAUCCUCGAGUACUUACGACCUUGAGCGUGUUACUAGGAGCAAAUUUGAUGGACGGUGGCGACGAAGCGAUGGAUGUCGAUCCACCGAAACGGCCCGAGCUAAAACCACAACCCAAACCGGAACCGAAACCGGAAGACAAUUUGAGUCCUGAGAAGCGUGAAGCACUGGAAGAAAAAAAGAAGGGCAACGAGGCUUACAAGAAAAAGGAUUUCGAAACUGCUCUAAAACACUACAACAAAGCGGUCGAGCUCGAUCCCACCGACAUAACUUACUCCCUCAACAUAGCUGCUGUUUAUUUCGAGCAAGCCGAAUACCCCAAGUGCAUUGAACAAUGCGAAAAAGCAAUUGAGCUGGGACGCGAAAAUCGUGCUGAUUUCAAGCUCAUAGCAAAAGCCUUCACACGCAUUGGUCACUCGUAUAAGAAAAUGGAAAAAUGGAAACAGGCGAAGGUCUAUUACGAGAAAUCAAUGUCCGAGCAUCGAACACCCGAAAUCAAAACGCUACUUUCCGAUAUCGAUCAGAAGAUCAAAGAGGAGGAAAGAAAAGCGUACAUUGAUCCGGUUAAAGCCGAAGAGGAAAAGGAGCUUGGAAAUCAGAAAUUCAAAGAAGGCGAUUACGCUGCCGCUGUCAAACACUAUUCCGAAGCUAUUAAGCGAAAUCCUGACGAAGCGAAAUAUUACAGUAAUCGAGCUGCUUGUUACACCAAAUUAGCUGCUUUCGAUCUCGGUCUCAAAGAUUGUGAAAAGUGCACCGAAUUAGACCCUAAAUUCACGAAAGGAUGGAUACGGAAGGGUAAAAUUUUGCAAGGCAUGCAACAGCACAGAAAAGCCGUCAGAGCGUAUCAAACCGCCCUCGAAUUGGACCCCAACAAUGCUGAAGCUCUCGAAGGCUUCCGCAGCUGUUCCGUAUCUUACGACUCCAACCCUGAGGAACUCAGAAAACGAGCUUUCUCCGAUCCUGAAGUUAAUAACAUCAUGCGCGAUCCAGCGAUGCGUAUGAUCCUCGAACAAAUGCAGAGCGACCCGAAAGCACUGCAAGAGCACAUGAAAAAUCCAACGAUCGCCGCGAAAAUUCAAAAACUCCUGGAAUCUGGUCUCGUCGCAAUCCACUGAGGGGCAAACUGAAUUCUACACAGAGGCAUCCAUAAACAUGCGGGACACUAAAACGUCGAUCUUUAUACAAAAACACCAGUGCUUUGAGACGAAUGACGCGCGGACAUAGUCGCGUCAUGAGUGCAAAGAGAUUUUCACGAUAACACGUUAUCCCCUGAACAGGAGAUAUUGAGAAAGAAAACUUUUUUCCGUAAAUAUCAACUGUUCGAGAUAAAAGUUUGCAACGAAACAUCAAUCGAUCGAGACCACCAAUCGUUUCGCUUGUCAUUCGGCUUCAAAAAAUUCUCAUCGCUGCUAAUCCAUCUCAUUAUUCAGAAGAGUGAAUGUACAUCGUAUCAUUAACGCGUUACACCAAACGUGUUUUCAGCAGCUCGCUAAGUUAGUCGUCACGAGUUUAUUCCUUCGUUGAUUUUUACACGACACCUCCGACCUCAAUGGCGGAACGAUUUGACUCUAUUUCCUUUUCUGUUUAAGCUCAGACUUUUGUUUUAAGUUACGAAUCUUGAUUUGAAUAAAUUUGUACCUCAUGGUAGAUUUA